UUUUUUUUUUUUUUUUUUUUUGUCUUUUUCGGUAUCCCUAGCCCCUGGAAGAGUGGAUUUAAGGAAGAGAUAAAUGUGGAGGCUCUGAGCAGCUGCCUGCUGCAUUGUCCACCACUCUUCUCUAUCUGUCCCCGUCCUCUACCUCAGUAGAGGCCUCCUGUCUCAUCCAUGCUUCUGUGAAGUGAAGACACAUUCCGACUUUUCUGUUUUUGUCCAUUCUUUACUCAGAGAAAUACUUGCGAGCACUUAACCUACCUGAAGCCAUGAAUUAGGAAAAAAGAUAUGAAGUCACGCCUCAAGAAGUUCUACGCUAUUCUUGACUACAGUUCAUCUGUGCACUUUCUAGAAUCCUAUAAGCUAUUUCUGCCCCAAGAGUUUUACUGUCAUCUCUUUGAAGUUCUGUAACAGGCCUGGAAGCUCAGUUGGCCUUUGACACUAAUGUGGCCAAUGACAUUUGCAUUACAAACUUGGUAACUGGGGUUGGGGAUUUAGCUCAGCGGUAUAAGUGCCUUCCUUGCAAGUGUGCGGUUGUGAGUUCGAUCCCUGGUACCGAUAAAAAUGAAAAAGACAAAAAAAAAAAAAAAAGAAUGAGCUCUGAAAGCUGUGUUUGCAUCUGCACUCAUAUUUGGGGUCUCUGUUUUAUUAGAACUUGUUAGAUCUCCAGGCAUUACUAAAACCCUCUUCCUCAUCACCAGCCAUGGUGUUCUAUCAGCAGAAAGAAGGCCUCCAGAAUCUUCUCCUGCCUACAGAAUUUGGUAAUUCUAGAAAUUCUGCCCGUAAGAUGAACCAGAAUCGUCUUCUCUCUUCAAUCCUCCCAUCAUGUUUCACAGGUGUGUUAUUUACUCACCAUCUGCAGGGCAGGAAGAGGUGGCUCACAUCUGCCCUUCUCUGUCCUAUCAGUCAGAUACUGGCUUCAGGUUCACAGCUGAAAGUCUCAACCAAACAGCACAAGAUGCCCAGUUCAGGACCCUGGGGUACCUCAGGGACUUGGGAGGCAGAGGAGCCAAUGAGGCCUUCGUCCAGGAGAGGGGCUGACCCUUUCCUGCUGCCCCAACAGCCCCAAGUCCAGCACAAAUUCUCUUCCCUGGGAAUGGCUGCUGUCCUUCUGAAAUAUGGGCAGUGAUUUCUGCUGGAUGACGCUUCUCAGUUUGCUCUCUGGGCCAUCUCUCCACUUUUCAGCCCUCAUUACCUUUGGGCUCACAGCAGUGCUUGGACCAUGCUGGUCUCACAAGUGCAGUUUGAUAAGUGAGCCAGUGAGCCCUGUUGGGCUGUCUGCAGGCUGGCUCGGUCAUUUUUGCUGAGUAAAUGUAUCUCUGUCUGAGCUGUUUGGUGAUAGGAUGGUUGCUAGAUUGUGUUGCUAUUAUUCUUUCAUCUCGUUAAUCAUGUUCGUUUAUGUAUUAGGUCUGUCUUCCCAAUCAGAAUAAUCUCUGGAUCUUUCUCAGUGUGCCAGGCUUUCUUCACAUGCAUUGCAUUAACUCACUGAAUUUUAACAAGUUUUAAGAUUUGUGGUGUUAUCCUUAUUGUGCACCUGAGAAAGCUGAAACUCAGAGAGCUGAAGUAACAUCAACAGUUCACAGCUGGUUUGCGGUGAAGUCCCAGCUUUUGAAACUUGGCAGUUUGACAUCAGGGCCUGGAUGCCUGCAUAAAAUAUGCUGUCUCUGGAAUAUAAACUCUUAAAUUUCUGAGAGGGAGGGCACAAAGCUAUCCAACAAAAAAUAGUGAUGAUAUGCAUGUAUGGGUGACUAUUUUAUUAUUUAAUAGUGUUUUAGGACCCCUGAGAGAACAAAUUGCAUGUUUCUUUCAUAUUUUCCAUUGUUGCUCAAGUAAUGUUUAUCAACUAACCAAAGAGCCAACCAGCCAAGUAGAGAAGACCAUACACCAAGCCAAAUUUCCUCAGUAGGAUAACUUCCAAGAGGUUGUCUUAGGGCGGAGUUUAACCCAGUAAGCUCCUAGGUAUUCAAACUCACUCCUGGUGGUGACAAAACUGGGUAAUUAUGGAACUGACAAACCUGAGCCAAGCGAUGCAGUUUGAACCCUUGGGUCUCCCCAGAGAUCCGACGCCAGAGGCUGCUGGUGCGUACACCGUCACCAGACUGGGGAACCUGGUCAUGGUCCUCCUGAUCCAUGGGCGCCACCUGCACACGUCUGUGUACUCCCUCCUGAAGAGCCUGUCUGUCCUGGAUUUCUGCUGCUCCUUCCCAGCAGUCCCCCAGAACUUGGUAAAGAGAAAGGUGAUCUCCUGUUAUGGCUGCAUGGCCCGGAUGUUCUUCUAUGCAGGCUUUGCCCCCAGAGAGUGCUUUUGAGUCGCUGCCAUGGCCUGUGACUGCUCUGCUGCCCUUUGUAAUCCGCUGUCUCUCCUCCUCUCUCCUCGCUCCUCACUCUCCUCCUCCUCCUCCUCCUCCAUUGCAUCGCCUCGAGUCUGUUUAUUCAGUCUGAAGUUCUGUGUUGCUGAUGUGGUCACUCACUGUUUCUGCCAUGGGCCACCCAUUUUGUUCCUGUCUUGUGUGGACACCUCACUCCAUGAGAACUUGUUCUCCAUUUUUGCAGGUUUCAGCCUUUUGAACUGCACCCUCACCAUCUUGGUCUCCUACUUCUUAAUCCUCUUCACCAUUCUGAGACAGAAAUCAGCAGGCAGGUCCAACGCGUUUUCCACCUGUGCUUCCCACCUCACCGCUGCCUGCUUCUUCUCUGGUGCAACGCUUUUCAUGUAUCCGCCCAGGCCCAGCUACUCCCUUACCUAGGACCGCGCGGCCACUGUGAUCUACACAAUGGUCACCCCAGUGCUGAACCCUAUAGUCUACUCAGUGAGAAACAAGGAUGUGAAGGGUGCUUUAAGAAAGGCGUUGGGCAGAAAAAUGGUGCAAGGACCUUUUCCACUCAUUGCUGUGCUGUAGGAAAGCCCAGGGACCUUUGCCUUGGGUGUGCUACUCUGAGCAGAUUCCCAGCUGGCCCUGUAAG